UUUUCCCCCCUCAGCUGGGAUAAUCCAGAAAUCUCUCAUUUUUUCUAACAUUUUCUGUGAAUUUUGACAUCUGGGUUCUACCUGAUUUCGAGCUUCCCUUUCUGGGUUCUGAUCAGCUGGUCUGUUUUCAGCUUUUGGAAACCUGGUUUCCGCUUCUGGGUUCUUCUGGAAUUCGAUCUUUUACGGAAAGGUGAAGGCUUUUUAGCUAUCUACCUUUAGAUUUUUUCAAAUCCUUUGACAAAGGAGCUGUUUUUGGAGUAAUUUUCAAGUGGGUUUUGGAAAAUCGAAUGUAAAAAUCGGUUUUUUGCCCUUUGGGUUUGGAGUGUUGGUGUUGAAAUAUGAAGAGAGGGAACGAGGAGAAGGUUAUGGGGCCUAUGUUUCCGAGGCUCCAUGUGAAUGAUGCAGAUAAAGGAGGACCAAGAGCUCCUCCAAGGAACAAGAUGGCCCUCUAUGAGCAGCUGAGCAUCCCAUCUCAGAGGUUCAAUCCUGGAGUGCUGCCUCUUAAUUCAAAUAACCAGGGGAGUCGUUCGGAUGGAAAUUUGCCUUUUCCACUUCAUGGUCAUCCAUCUACACCUACUCAUCAGGCUGAGAUGUUGCAUGGUCGCCAGUCUGACCGAGCAAAUGUGAACUUGCCCUUUGAACAAACCAACCUAACAAGGAAGAUCGGAGAUGAAGAUGAUUUUAGUGUUCCUGAGUUUGUUCAAUCAAGGAUGGGUCUUGGUCAUAGUAAAACUCAAAUUGUUAGUGACAAGGAAAAACUUACUCCCAUCAGCUCACCUCCUUCUGGCCAUUUAGUAAAAGUAAAAAAUGUGGCGAAGAAGGAUCCAAAACAAAUAAGCUCCCCAACUCUGAAUUUAAGACGAGAAGUAAAUGCAUCACCAAAUCAAGAGGAUGCAGAAUGUUCAGUUCCGAGAUUCAACAGGUUAGCUGAGAGUGAUGCUUGCUUACAACAAGAGUCCAGAUCUGGAUCACGGCCAAACGUCACUGGACAAGGUGAUGGUCUUGUUGAGUCUUCAAGGGAUGUAGAGAAGGGAACUGUUUCCAGGGAAAGAAGUGUUUCUUGUUCCAGGGCGGAUCCUAGCAGUCCAAAUGAGCCUGAUAAUGACAGUGAAUACCGUGGAGACACAGCGUGUAUUUCACCUCAAAUGGGACAUGUAGACAAAAGUGACGAUGUCUCAGAGACCUCCAUGGUGGAUUCUAUAUCCGGCAUGGACAUCUCUCCUGAUGACGUUGUAGGAAUAAUAGGCCAGAAACAUUUCUGGACGGCAAGAAAAGCAAUUGUCAAUCAGCAAAGAUUGUUUGCAGUUCAAGUAUUUGAGUUGCAUAGACUCAUUAAGGUCCAACGACUGAUUGCUGGAUCUCCACAUCUUUUGCUUGAAGAUACUGCUUUUCUGGGCACAUCUACUUUAAGGGGCUCUCCGGCAAAAAAACUCUCAUCGGAGUAUGUUGUAAAGCCACUUUUACAUGUUGUAAAGCGCAAACACGAGCCUGAGGAGCCAAACAACAAAAUGGAAUGUUCUGCGGAAAACGCAGUAGGGAAAACAUCUCAUUCUUCUGUGAGAAAUGGUAGUCAGACUUCAAAUAAUGGGCCAUAUUUAGGAAACCCACAGCCAACACCUGUGGCUACUGAUAAUAAAGCCAAUCCUUGGUGUUUCCAUCAAUCACCUGGACAUCAGUUGUUAAUUCCGGUAAUGUCACCCUCGGAAGGACUUGUAUACAAGCCGUAUAAUGGACCAGGAUAUAUGGGAGCAGUUUGUGGAGGAUGUGGACCUUUCGGCUCAAUUCCCAUGGUGGGCAACUUUGUUAAGCCAACUUACGGGGUUCCAUCUUCUCAUCAUCAAGGAAUGGGUGUUCUUUCUGCCCCCCCCUCACUAGGUCACACUUACUUUCCUCCAUAUGGCAUGUCUGUUACGAAUCCAGCCAUGUCGACCUCACCUGUUGAGCAAAUGCAUUGGUUUGCUGGACCUGGUUCACAUGGUCACACCGAUCAGUCAUCGGGAGGGGGUACAAACUCCAAUUUGCAGCAUCAAAGCUCGUGCAACAUGCCAUCCCGGAAAAAUGUCACUAUUCCCCAUGCCAAAAAGUUUCAGCCAUCUAAUGACAGUGGGUUACAAGGAAGUACUGCAAAUAGUACAGGCGACAGAGCACCAGUGAGGACAAAUCAAAAUGCUGAAGGAAGCGAUGCUCUCCAACUACUUCCUAUGGUUCCGGUCAUUCCAGACGGAGUUCCCCAAUCUCACGAUACAGACCAGCCAACGCGGGCGAUAAAAGUUGUGCCUCACAAUCCUAGAACUGCAACUGCAUCAGCUGCUCGAAUUUUCCAGUCCAUACAAGCAGAGAGAAAGCAGCAGGAUUCAACCUAGCUGAUUUUCUCUAGUUGGCGUGGUUCGGUCACUUCCUCAUGUACCAUUUUCGGAAUGAUAUUGUGCAACGAGUUUUUUCUUUCACUUGUCUCGGUCUUGUGAAUGUAUGUUCAUAUAUGUAUAUCAUAUAUAUAUAUAUAUAUAUAUAUAUACACACCUCUGGAUGAGUCACAACCAGAGCUGUGUAAUCUGAGUAUGCGAGAUGUUAUCUCUUGUAUUAUGUUAUAUUGGGAAUAUAGGUAGCAAUGGCAUUUGCUAUUUUCGGGUAAAAGGUGUAAUUGUCCAUUUUUGAGUAUCUGAUUGUUGUUAACUAGAAUAUAAUCAAAGCUUAAGACA